AUGAUGCAUCUCUUCUCAGUGGCACUUUUAGUUGCUGUUGUUCUCCUGGCAAAUGCUGAGAGGGUCACCUCUUUUCAGCUAACUGCAAAGCGCUCCCUCGUUAGCCUCCAAAACGACAACAGUCCUCACAGACUGUUGAGACGUUUCGACGAAGAGAGAGCUGUCGGCGCCGUCGCGGAGCUGGCAACCAAGCUCAAAGACGGCGCGUCGAAGCUUGCCGAUAAACUGGUUAAAAGCAAGAAAUACGAGGCUCAAGUGGCAGCCCAAUUAAAAACCACGCGCAUCGUGGACACCGCAGAUCUAGUACAAGUGCUUAAGCAAGUCGAGCAGGUCAACGACAAGAACAUAUUCAACAAAGUAUCGGUGAUUGGGACACUCACCACCCGCUAUGGAGAUGACGCACUGGCGAAAGCGCUCCUAACUGCCGAGAAGGAAGCGCCAAAUGCUAAAUUUGCAAGUCAAAUCCAAAUGGUGCGAAAGGAGCAACUGACGAGGUGGCGAAGAGGCGGCAACUCCGCUGACGAUGUUUUCAAGCUACUCAAGAUUAAAGGUGACGACUACAGCAUGGUUAUGAGUCGAAAGCUGGAUGUUCUGGAAGACUACGUCAAGCUCAUCAACACUAAAAAAAAGAAGACCGAUCAGGUUUCUCUGCUCAGCACAUUAAUUAAGGGAUUUGGUGGCGAGGCCAAGCUGGGGGCGCUUCUGCAGACUUCAAAGACCCAUUCCCGUACGAAGAUCAAGGCCAAGGAAAUGGAGGCUUCUCUACUCCGUAAAUGGGCUGGUGAAAGUCAAUCGCCGACAAAUGUAUUCCAUUGGCUAAAACUUUACGACAACGUGGAUACUGCUUUCACGGCCGAUAACUUGGUCAGAUUCGCGAAAUACGUCGACGAUUUUAGCCUAAAGGAGCCCAAAUACGCAAAGUCGGUGCUUGAAAUCUACGGGAGCCGUUUUCAAGACGCUGAUUUGGCGAUUAAGCUCGUAGCGGCGCUGGAUGACCCGGCGACCAGAGCUGUCGCGCAGAAAUUACAGACCCCGGGUUGGAGAUCUGUUGACGAUAUAGUUGCGAAACUGAACAUUCAAAAGAAUCAAGAUGCAGAGCUUACCAGCCAGAAGUUGGACGCGUUGGUAAAGUUCAUUGGGUUAAAGGGUGGAGAACGGAACUUGAUCAGUACGUUGAACCAAACAUUUGGUAGUAGGCGUGAGCUUGCGUCGAUUUUGAAUAGUGCAAGUACGACUGCGGAAGCUACAACAUUGCAGAGGAAGCAGUUCUCCACGUGGAUAGCAAAAGAUAUCAGUCCGGAGAACGUUAUGACCCGUAUAUUUAAAAAGGGUGCUAACGCAGCUUCGGACGAGGAGAAAGUGAUUGUGGCCAAGUUCAAGGCAUUCUACCGUAGUCAGCUACGCGGGUGA